AUUGAAAGGUGUACCGUACCUCUCUGCGACUUUGGAGAAGCCACAUGGUAGCUUAGCUGUCUAAGUCAAAGACCACAAACCUGUCCGUUGAUCUUUUUUUAUGCAAUUGGCGCUACUCAUCUUUUUUAUUUUUAAUGAGUAGCCCAUCCGGUCUUUCUUCGUCAUGAAGUUCACUGCAGCAGUCGCAGCUGUCUGCGUCUCCUUCCUGUCACAGGUUCUUGGCGAUAAUGUUACUACGCCCUCGUCGUCGAAGGUCACCCUCCCAGCUACCUUCAAGCCGCCCCAGGUCUUUAAGAACGCCAACUUAGUACAUGUCAUCUCCCUGGAGAAGAAUUAUGCGAAGGAAAAUAUCAAUGUUUUAAUUGAGAACUCAUCGCCAGAAUCUCAAGAUGAAUACUUCCUACCAUUCACAAGCGACCAAAUGGAGAAGAUCGGAGGGAUCGAGGUAAAGGACAGGAAGGAUGCUACCGUAACCGGUUUCGCUGUGGAUGCUGUCGAAUUUGACCCGUCGAGCGACACCCAAUACUAUCGUAUUCGACUACCCGCACCCUUGCCGGCCAAGGGCCAACAGACCCUAGGCAUUUCGUUCUACUACCUCAAUUCCCUCUCGCCUUUGCCCGCCGCGAUCCAACAAUCCGACAAGCAAUACCUCGUUUACGAAUUCUCGGCUUACACCCCAUCGGUUUACCCUACAUUGAAGCAGAAGACGGAAGUUAAGUUCGCAUCUUCUGAAAUCACCGACUACACCAAGAUUGCUGCUAGCGGCGAGACUAAGGAAUCUCCGCAGAAGCAAGGCUCGAAGCUUACCUACGGCCCGUUCUCCGAGGUCCCAGCUGGCGCCGUCUCUCCGGUCAAAGUACGGUACGAGUUUACUAAGCCUGUCACCCACGUGGCAGAAUUGGAACGUGAUAUUGAAGUCAGUCAUUGGGGUGGUAACAUAGCAUUCGAGGAACGAUAUACUCUCUUCAACUACGGAGCCAAUCUCUCUGCCCAAUUCAACAGGGUCAAAUGGGCACAAGCUCAAUAUUUCAACCCCACAAGCUACGCAUUGAAAGAGCUUAAGGUUCCUCUCCGAGUUGGAAGCAAGGAUGCGUACUUCACCGAUGCUAUUGGCAAUGUCUCGACCUCGCGCUUCCGCUCUAACAAACGGGAGGCUGUCCUCGAACUUAAGCCUCGAUACCCUGUUUUCGGUGGUUGGAAAUACCCAUUUACGAUCGGCUGGAACGCUGACGCAAAGAGCUUCUUGAGGAAGAAGUCCGGCGACAGCUACCUGUUGAACGUCCCCUUUAUCGAAGGACCUAAGCAGUCCGAAGGUAUUGCGUUCGAGCAGGUUCAAGUCCGUGUGCUUUUGCCCGAGGGUGCUGAGAACGUCCGAUUUUUCACCACGCUUCCCGAGUCCUCUAUUACGGAGCAUACAGUGGAUCUCCAGAAGACGUACCUCGAUACCAUUGGUCGCACAGUAUUAACAAUUAAGGCAAGAAACUUGGUGGACGACUUCCGAGACCGCGAUCUUAUCGUCUCCUACGAUUAUUCGCUAGCAGCAAGCCUUCGCAAGCCAUUGAUUGUAUUUUCAAGCACGGUGGCGUUAUUUGUUGGCAUGUGGGCGAUUUCCAAAGUGGACGUGAAGUUUUCCACAAAAUAAAGGUGUUUGGUUUUUCUGGAACAAAGUACAUAUGCGCGUGUACAUUAUGGAGGGUUCCCCAGGAGGUUUCAUGGUGGCCUGGAAAACUCUAGAAUGAGGCAGUCUACGAUAUAGAUCUGGAACGAACGAAUACAAAAAUGAAAUAUGAUUUUCCAAUUUUCAGACCAGUCACUACAAAGAGUAGGCGACGAUCCGGCCAACUGUCCAUGAAAAUCGAUGAUGCUCCAUUGAUGCUCAACACCAAAUAAGGUAUGCGAAUUGCUUUUAAAAUAAAUUGAUAUGACAAUUAGCCUAUAAACUUGGAAGUUUAGAUCCGAUCCGUUGUCAACUUGUCGAUUUCUAC